AUGGAGCUUGGAGAGCUUGACCCUAGUCCCCUGGAGGGAGUCCACAAGCUGCCGGCCGAGCUUUUGUGCCACAUCUUCCGGCUUGCCGCUUCAACGCACAUUCCGACCGCUCACGCCUGCGCAUUCGUCUCAAAGAAGGUGUGCCGCUGGACAGCAUCGGAUCGAUGGAGGACCAUAGUGUGUACGACCUUGAAGCAGCUCGACAGCCUGCUGAAGCUGGUCAUAACCGGCGUUGAUCUGGACGUCUCGAAACUUGGUCCUAAGCCUUUCACAUCUUUGCCAAGCAACCAACCGGGCGACUUUGUCCGCGAUCUCUUCAUCGAAACAGAUGUAGAGGAAUCGUCAGCUUGGGACACCGUCGCCUACAUAGACCGUCUUGAUCGGCUGGCUCAAUUCAAUCCUCUGCUUCUUUUCCCGAACGUCGGCUACCUGGCCUUGGGGAACUACGAGAUUGGCCAUCUGCUGCGAAGUCCAGCUUUUCCACUCGUACGCAAAUUGCUGGUGUCGUAUUCCAACGAAGACUCCCUGCGGCAGUUUUUUGGCGAACUGGAUGGGACCUAUCAGCCUGACCGCAGUUCAGACGACGGACAUCGCGCACUUCAAUCGCUGCAUAUCGUAGCCAUCGACCGUGGCAACAAACUCAGCGGAUUGCCGAUGCCCAUACAGAUGCUCGCAGGUAUGCGCUCAGGCAGCAUCUCAACCGACGGCUAUGUGUCGCACUUUGUCGACAAUAUCUCACAGGAGCAGCGUCUAGUCGAACCAGAAGACGUCCUCGAUGAAAAGCCGGAAGAUUCCGAAAAGUGGAACACGAACGUCAAGAUCCGCUUCGACACGCGCAAAUUCGCCUUCAGGCCAUGCGAGAUCACGGCCAGUCGGCUCAAGCCUUUCUUUGAAGAGCUCACGACGGUCAUCGGCGAGGCUAGCGGGGCUGACCAGCCACCCCGUCCUGUCGCUGAGACCUUUUCGCACACAGGACCUCGCCAUGCAGCGCCACAUCGUGGCGCCGGCAAUCAUUUGGCAGCCCGGCUGAACAGCAGAGACCAUAUCACUGUUUCGACGCCAAAGAGAGAAGCGCUGGCGAGCCUGGGUUGCGGAAAGUUUCAAAAACUUCACCUGUGCUGGGAUCCGUUGCCCGAUAGCAAGGUGACCCCGGCACACGAAAGCCAUGGCGUUGUGGAGACAGAUUGGCCGGUGGAACGUCAGGACAUUUGGACUAACACGGCCAUGCACGCCAACGAGGCACGGGCACAGCAGUCGCGCGUGCAAACUUCCCGGACUGGGCGCCAGCCAGAGACACGCAAGGACGAGCUUACGUCGAGGCCGGGGCAGAAAUGGGUCAUCCCACCUGGGGCUGCGUCGCAGGACUCGGCCUCAUUCAAAGCGGACAUGGUCGACUCUAUCCGAACAACGCUCGGCUGGACGCGGCAGGAACAAGAGCUACUGAGCAACACGCCUCUGUUCUCCCGCGAUGCUGACCUCUCGAACCAUUUCGGCAGCCACGAGCGAGUCGACGUGUUGAAGCGCAUCGUUGCCGCACACUUGCCUCCGGGCACCAUCGACGAUCCCAACGAAGCGCUUGCGGUCCGCAUCGUCCCUCCCGCCGAGCGGCUCCGACUGGGCGGCUACUACGUGCCCUUCACCAAGAAGCAGCGCGUCCAAUGGUUCCUCGACAACCUGGACACCGACGAGGCGUAG